UACAGAUGCAAAUUGGUUUAUUAUAGCGCUUUCAAGCAGGAUAAAAACGUAUGUCAAAAGUCAACUGAAGGGCGGCGUGAUUAUCGCUUCGAGUAGCGAGUAUGUCUCUCCUCGGACACCGUAGUGAAUGCAUGGCCCGCGGAGAUCAUGUUGAAGGUGACAGGUAGUGCAAUGCCGGUGGCUUUGAGUCUGCUGCCGAUCACCGUCUCUGCUGCUGCCGGUGACGGAGAAAAGGAGGCGACCACCGCGUUAAACCGGGACGAGCUGUCUCUGUACACCGCUCCUCAGCAGAAGUCUCGGUAUGUGGAGCCCGAAGCGGGUCAGCUGGAGCAGAGUGUCGCCACCCUCAGGAAGCUGGUGGAGCCAUACACGACUUGGUGCCAGAGCACUUACAACCAAGUAAAACCCAAAGUUAAAAGUGUCAUCCAGUGCGGGACUGACACCUACGCCUACUUGAAGAACCCGCCGAAGGACUUCUACCCCCGGGCAGGAGUCAUCGGCUUCACCGGUGUCCUUGGACUCUAUCUUGCUCGAGGCUCCAGGAUUAAGAAACUCAUCUACCCGGCAGGCCUCAUGACCGUGAGCGCCUCCCUCUACUACCCUGAGCAGGCUGCCGCCAUCGCAAAGUCAACCGGGGACUCGGUGUACGACUGCGCCGUGCAGAGCUACGCUGCCGUGGAGAAGAUGCUGAAACCCCAAAGCAAAACCGAAAAGGGCUCCGACUCAGAAACUAAACCCUGACGACCCCAGCGUGACUCUGCAACAACUCAGCAAUACGAGAUCAUACAGCAGCUUUUUCUAACGUGCUACUUUAGAGCGGCUCUAAUCUGUGUGACUUCCUCAUGCCCACUUUUUGCACUAAGCUUCACAUGUAUCUCAGGCCGGGCAUGGCCUGUCACAGGGGGUUUGCAACUUGAAUGACUUACUUCUGCUUCUGAUCUGAAUGUAUAUUUAUGUAGAGAAUAAAAAUCUCCUUGUCUUACACUAAAA